AUGAGGGCCGUGCAUCCAGUGAACUUCCCCGGCGGCCACUUCAUGUUCCCAAAAGGUCCUGCUGCCCUAGUAGGAAAAGCGAAUGAUGAAAAGGAGGGAUAUGAAGCUAGCCUAAAUAACCAAAGAAAAAUGGAGCAGCCAAAUGAAGGAGUAAAAAAUAACAGGUAUGAAUAUUUAGAUGCUAGCCACUUGGAAAUGCUGGACCUGAACAAGAACAUUCAGCACAUCCUACCCAAGCCCGUGAAGCCAUCCUUAAAUUUGGAAAGCCUAUGCCAGCAGACGAGUUCAAUGCUGAGGAAUGGUAGAAGGGCCAAGGGCGCCGAGCUGCACCCCCUCUCGCAGCAGCCGCAACAGCAGCAGUGGCAACCGCACCACUCGGGACAGCCGCUGCACCCUCAACAGCCGGGACCAGAGAACAAAAACGUAAAACACCUGUAUGAACUAGGGCUGCCCCAAAUCAUAGGCACAUACAUUCAGCCACUAAGCAAAAACAAGGACGCCGUAAAGGACCCUCUAGGAAAUAAUCCAUUCCCCCUUGGAUCGACAUCCCCCUUUUUCCAGCCUCCCAAGUUUUUGCCCAAACAGAUGCAGCAACCCACCAACAACUUUUUGCCCCUGCAAUUAAACAGUGAAAGAAAAAACCUCUAUGGACUGCCGUCUUACCUAAUCCCUGAGGACAAACCUAAAAGCUUGACAGUCACGGUUGUGCCUAAUAAGAACAAGGACCUUUUAGAGAGAGAGGCAAAGCAGUUGAAGUUAUUACUAGACAGUUCGUCUCAAGGUAUUGUUAACUCUACCCCCGAUUAUCAAAAAAUUAUUUCCUCCUCCAUGUCGUCGAACAGUGAUGAUGGGAAUGCCAGCGGGGGGAGCCGCUACAACUGCGGAGAUAAUGGCAGCGCCAGGAAUGGACAGAACGACAUAGAGAGCGAUUUCAGCUUUGGAAGAAACGAAGACGUGAGAGACGAAUUUGCCGGGGAGCACGACGCGGAAAAUAAUAACGACGACUCCUUUUUUAAUGAAUCAUAUGAUGCCAACAAUUUCACGCCUUACGGGAAGGCCAACGAAGGGGGGGUCAGCGACGCACGUGGUGAUCGCGAACAUGGUUAUCACGAACACGGUUAUCACGAACACGGUUAUCACGAACACGGUUAUCACCAACAUGGUCAUCACUCACAAUUAAGCGAGAACCAUCACGACAGAGUGAAUAAAAAGGCGGUUUAUAAAGGAAGGAGCGUUAACAGCGCAGUGAAUAAUCGGUCGGACAAAAUUAGUGCAUUGGAGAGGAGGGAAGAAAAUGGACGAAGUGGACAUAGACAAAGCGAUCACGGGGAAGAUAAUCAUAACUCACCUGACGGGCUCAAGAGACAGGUGAAGAAGGCUUCUGAUUCUCCAUCCCCAUCGAAAAGAACCCUGCUAGCUAAAAAAAAAGAACACAAUGACACUCCCUUGAAGAACCUUGAACCAUCCACCUGUUUUAGAAAUCCCAAAACGUAUGUAAAUAUACGUUUAGGGAAGCCCAAAAAGUGUUAUGUCACCAACAGUUCUGACCCUAUCGAUAAAAAACUGAAGGAUUGGCACAAUACGCAUAAUAGCCAAAUAGGCUGGAAGAAAAGCCGAAGAGGUGUCUACACAUUCGGGAGAACGGAAGUUGUUCUAAGUCUGGUUCACGACAAAAUUAUCGUUAAAAAGAUUAAUGGCAAAUACGUGAAGGAUAAUUUGUUGAGUGUCGAAAAGUUCGUCUCACUGAAUGAGUUGUUUGAGCUCCAUCGCGAGCAGACUGAUAAUCUGCUGAAGAGGAGAGCGGCCCAGACUUUGCUGUUUUAA